AUGGAUGAGAAGACGCUGCGUCGCUUUCGCGAGCACCAUCAGUCAAAGUUCGCCCAGCACACCUCACGCAUCCAGCUACAGCACCGUCGAGAACAAGAGACGUUCGAACUGCUGAGGAAACGCGUCCACGACCCUCUUCAACAGCAGGAUGCAGUGUCCACAUGGCGGCGAGACUCCACCAGUGGAUCGCAGACUGGCAAGCGGCGUGCGAGUCAGACCACGACCGGACGGCGCGGUGCCGGCAGCACCAGCAGCAUGGACGCGUCCCCAGCGUCCCUUGCAUGGGACGCUGGAUCUGCACAGUCGACCAAGCGCGCUGCACUCGGUGAUGGCGGUGGUGCCGGUGGCAGGGGCUCGUCAUCAUCGGCAUUGGCUGCAAAUGCGGCCGGUGGUGCGACAAAGUCGCGAAAGAAGAGACAGCCAGCCACCAAGAGGGCAGCCGGUGGGCGUGCUCGAGGUGAUCGUGGCCGAGGGAGGGGUGCACGUGCAAACCGCAGCAGCACCAGCGCUGGCGGUGCCGAUGACGGGCUCCAUGGGCUUGGAUCGCUGCCCGCGCACGCCCAACCCUCGGACGCCGCCGCAGGCGUGUCAUCAUCAUCUCUGCUGGGCCUUGAUGUGCCAACCACAAUGGGCGACAUGGACCUGAAUUCCCUCAUCACCUCCGCCCUCACCUCCGACUCUGCAGGAUAUGGAGACCUGCUGGAUCGCUUCGAUCCCCACCCUGCCUCAACGCAAGCGUCUCUCAACGACAUGCUGUCGGGUGCUGCUGACCCUUUCUCCCUCGACAACGUGCUUGGACCAGACCCACUUCUUCCCCACAACGACGAUCCAUUGUCGGGCGUGCAUUCAACGACAGCAGAUGACUUUGCGCACCACCAGCACCACCAGCAUCACCACCGGGACACGCAAAAGGAGGAGCAAGCACUUGAAGACGCCUUUCAACAAGCGACACCCCACCAUCACCAACAUCACGAACACCAACAGCAAUACCAACACCAACACCAACACCAACACCAACAGCAGUCCGUCUUCUCACAUGCCAGUGCAACGCUUCCGUUUUCCAUUGCACCGUCCACCCUUGCGGGUACGCCCACCCCAUCGUUUCAACACCAGCACCAGCACCAGCGGCAGCGUCAUCUCUCAUCCAGCUCCCAAGCACACCAACAACCGCAACACCAACACCCACAUCCAUCGCAGCACCAGCAACCACAUGAACCGCAACGACAGCACCACCACCACCACCAGCAGCAGCAGCAGCAGCAGGCGGGGAUGAGGGGACCUGACGUGCUGUCAGCGCUGCUUGGAGACGCCAUCACCUCAUCGCUUCACAGCAGCAGGCAGCACAGCCGCUUACCCUCAACAGCAGCAACACCAACAACAACAGUAACAGCAGCAGCAACAACAACAGCAGCAGCUGUAACAACAGCAGCAAACAUCGCCACUUCCAGCUCCUCCUCAAGGGCUGCGGAUGCGUUUCUUGAGCAGAUGAUGGGCGGUGACGGGCAGAGCAAUGCGCUGCAGCAGCUGCUUUCGGGUAUGCUCUCUCAACAGCAACAACAACAGCAGCAGCCACGCGCACAAGGGCAGCAGCAGCAGCAAGCGCAACAACAGACACGUCAGCAGCCGCUGCAAGGUCUGCAGUGGCAACAACCACAGGCACCAUCCCCAUCUGCACCACAACUGCAGCCACACCAAUACCAACAACAGCAACAGCAACAGCCACGCCAGCAGCACCAACACCAGCAGCCCCGAACAGAUGCUGCGCCGUCCACACCGGGACUGAGCGGGCUGUUGCCAUCAGCAAUCCUACAAAUCAUACAGCAGCAGCAGCAGCAACAACAACAACCACAACAACCACAACAACAACAACAACCACAGCAACAGCCAAUGCAGCAACAGCCAAUGCAGCAACAGUUGCUUCAAGCACUACUGUCAUCGUCGGGCCAGCAACCCGUCAAUCCACCAGACCAACAGCACCAACAACAGCAACAGCCCCUGCCACAGCACCAGCGACGAGGUCAGCCGAUGCAGUCGCAGCAACCAAUGCAGCCACAUUUCUCCCAGUCGUCUCGCUCUUCGCUUCCGCAGCCGUCAUCGGGUCAAGAUUACCUCAUGCAUAUUUUGCAGCAGCAGCAGCAACAGCAACAAUUGCUCCUGCAACGCACGCAGCAGCACCAACAGCAGCAGCACCAACAGCAGCAGCAGCAGCAGCACAGGCGGCCCUGAGCAAAGUUUCACGUGUGUGCAUUGUGUCUCUCCCCCGCCCCUUCAACUUUGUGACUGGCAGUUGACCUGCAACCUGAAUGUGUGGUUGGUGGCACGAUAUGAGUAUGCUUCAUGCAUCCUCCUCUUCUUUGAUAUGUGUAUGCGAAUGUAUGCGAGUGUAUUUGAAUGUUUGCACAAUUCUAGUGCGAGGUGUGCAUUUGAGCACACCACCUGCAGUAACGAGUGUGUGAUCCUGAGCGUUUGUUUUCAUUGACUUCAUAUGUGCGUGUUUUUGCAACUGAUAAACCCCGUGAGCAGCA